GUGACCCAGAUCACCACAGUUUUGAAUAAGUUGACAGAGAAGAUGGGCGUGGAGUCUCAGGUGGCUGUGGGGAAGCCGCCCAAGAAGCGCACGCCCAAGAAUACCCAAGUACCGCCGACACUUCAGAAGAUACGGGAGUACCUGAAGUACAUGCGGGUCAAUCAUAUCAAGGUCACAGAGGAGCAAGUGCAGGACAAGCUGCGCGGCCUCCUCUCGAGAACCACGGCUGCCUCGACGUGGUUGAAUGGGGGACCUGCUGCCGAGAAGGCGCAGGACACGAAGUUGGUCGUACACUCUCAGCCGUGGGGAACGGCUAAGAUCGUCAAGGCCGCGAACAUCAGGACGACGACACUGGAGGGCCCUGCUGUCAUCACGUGCCAGUCGCCCACAGAGUAUGAGCAGGCGUUCGCCGACGAUGCUACGUAUGCGACGGUCAAGGAGAAACCAGUGGCGAUGGCGACGGUACUAUUUCCUCAAGUGCUGGCAGCCAAGAUUUUGAAGGUCAAGGGAGCAGUCAACUACCAGACGGAGUCGACGGCGAUUAUCCUUGUGAGAGAGAAUGACACAGAGGAGUUCUUGAAGUGGACCGCCCCGCCAGGGGUAUUUUUGAAUAGACAAUCCAGCAAGCUGGUGCCAGUGUGGCACAAACUACGCGAGGGCGAGAACAUGAUGACAUACUUCACCAGGGUGACUGCCGCAGCCGCCCAGGUCGAGGGCCGCUUGGUGUACCGCCCAUCAGACAAUGCAUCCUUAGGAGUCUUAUCCCAGAAGCCCAUGGCAGCAGAUAUCCAACCUCGAUGGUACUUGCAGAAGUGCCCUGAGCACUGGUCAUCAUCCCAGGAGGUCGAGGAGUGCGCCAAAGCCAGAGGGUUCCAGAAUAUUGACGGCAUCACACGUUCGAGCAAGAGAGCCUGGUUUCUACGAGCUGAUCUGGACGGAUUGGUCAAAGAUCAGGUAUGCACUUUCAAGUCGGGGAUCAUAGUUAGCCUAGCUGUGCCUCGCAGGGCUCCAGUGCAGGAGACGACAGCUGAAGUGAAAGCAGAAGUACGUGACAAGGACGGCGACGUGGGCAUGGCGAAUGCCGAGGCGCCCGUGAGGCCUCCAUGGGAGGCAUAUUUCAAUGAGAAGUGCUGCGGGGGAGACGGAGAUUGCUUCUUCUUGAUGGCCUCCCACGGCAUACGAGCGAACCAAUCCAAGCCAAAGCAGAUGGCGGAGAAGGAGAUGGGCCCUGGCGGCGCACUUCAAGCCAAUUUGCGCAUGAUCGUGUCCGCCACCAUGACGGACAACAAACGCUACCCCCAGGAUGAGGCCCGCAAGGCAGCCAAGACUGGGGAAUGGGCCACAUCGGCCAUGGUGAGAGCAGCAGCGGUCACCACGAAGACGAAUUUCUCCAUCUGGAAAAAGUCCCGCACUGGAACGUGGACCUUGUAUACCGCCCCUGCGGACAUCAAGACCAAGCAGACGGUGUGGGCAACGUUGGUGGACAAGCACUACAAACUUCUUCUUCCAAAGGCGGGCGUCGAGCUACCCCAGGAG